UUUAAUUAAUAUAUUUAAAUGAGUAAUGACAUUGGACAAACAUUUUUAUCUUGGACAGACGAUUUACCAGUGUGUUGGGAUUGUGGUUCAGCAUUUUCCAAAAAUGAAUCUUUUUGUGAAAUUAAUGAACAUGAAAAUGAACAUUCACUCAAUUGUCGCAAUUUUUAUUGCAGACUUGAUGAAAAUAUUUGUUUGUACGGUGUAUUCGAUGGUCAUUAUGGACCAGAAUAUGCGGAUUUUGCUUUACAAAGGAUAACAGCAGAAAUCGUACUGGGUCAACUAACUGGAAAACAAUCUGAUGAAGAAGUGAAGGAAGUAUUAAGGCAAGCUUUCAUAUCUGUUGAAAAGGGAUAUUUGGACUCGAUAGAUGAACUAUUAGCGAAGCGAUUGCAAUAUGAACUACCUCCAAACUUGAAUCAAGAUGAAUUGUCGACACAGUACAAGAAAGAUAAAGAUACAUUAGAAGCAAUUAACAAAGAAUUAAAAGUUGGGACAAGUGCCGUGGUUGCCUUACUUUAUAAUAAUAAGUUAUAUAUAGCUAAUAUAGGAACUUGUCGAGCUUUGCUUUGUAGAACAGAUAGCAAUUCCGUUUUAAGGGUGUUACAACUAACAGUUGAUCAUGAUAUUUAUAACGAGGAUGAAGAACUUAGAUUGAAACAAUUGGGACUGAAUAUGGAUAAAAUCAAACAAGAUAGAGUAUUAGAAUGCACAAGAUGCAUUGGUUCUUAUUUAUUAAAAGGUGGUUAUAAAGAAAAUCAGCACUUGGCAUCAGCAAUUUCAGAACCUGUUAUAGCAGAACCAGAAAUUCAUGGAGGAAUAGAAAUUGACGAUUCUUGCAGGUUUUUGCUAUUGAUGAGCUCUGGUUUAUAUAAAAGUUUGCAGGAAGCAAAGUGUAUUGAAUACGAUCAAGUAAACCGGCAUUUGGCACAAAUGGCUGUAGAACAGUUUCGAGUUCAUACAUCUUUAAAUGCGGUUUCUCAAGGAAUCGUAGAUAAAACAGUUCAAAUGCACAAAGAGUUAUAUAAAUUGGGCAAAGCUGCAUCGAGUGGUCACAAAGAUAUCACGCUGCUUGUGAGAAAUUUUAAUUAUCCUCUGAAAACAGAGCUACCUACAUCAUCUAAAGAAAUAGGAAAACCAAAAAGUAUUUGCAAAUCUGAACUAAAAUCUGAAACAAAUACGAAGAAAGUUGAAGAUUGCAGUAGCUUGAUCGCAAAGCCAGGCACAAAUACAGUAAAAUUCAAUCCUGUUGUAGAGAGCUUUUCGAAUUUAAAUAAUGCUUAUUACUCCAACAGUGAUUCAUAUGAAACUGGUACAAAUGAUUUUGUUAACGGCACAAAUGCAAGCAUGACAAAUAGUUCUACAAAUUCUGAUACGACACAAUCAGAAAUGACAGAUAGUGAUCAGAAAAUACCAUCUUAUGUUGAUUUUACUGAAUAUUAUGAACUAGUGAAGAGAGCUAAAUUGAAUGGAGAUUUACCCAAUGGUAUUAAUUUUGAUUAGAAGUAUGUACAAGAGAGAUGUAGUCUGAUACAAAUCAGAAUACAUAUGUGCACUGAAGAGGAACUGAAGAGUAACUGAUAGGAAAGGUAAAAUAAUUAAUAGAAUACUAAAAUUUAUAAUUUUUAUUACGAACAAUUGCAUAGCAUUCAUAUUUUCAA